UCCGUCCACAUCAUGCCCAAAGCUACUCUCCCUAGCGGCCACACUUGGGCUUAUGUCGACGCUAAUCCAACGGGAAAGACGACUCUGCUUUGUCUGCACGGCUUCCCCGACUUAGGCUACGGAUUCCGCCUGCAAAUUGCCCCAUGGGCCCGUGCCGGCUUCCGGGUCGUGGUACCCGACAUGCUCGGAUAUGGUGGAUCCGAUGCACCCGUAGACGCCUUGGAAUAUACCACCAAGCGGCUAACGAGCGAUUUGGCGGCCCUCCUCACCAAGUUGGGCGUCGACCGUGCAGUCAUUGUUGGACAUGACUGGGGCGCGUUUACUGCCGGGCGUUUUGUGCUGUGGCACCCAGAACGCGUCAUUACACUGAUAUUAAUGAGUGUCGCACACACUCAACCUGCCCCACAACGUCUGACGCUGCGUGAUGUCGUCCAACGUGUUCCAAACUAUGGAUAUCAGCUUUUCCUCGCCUCGGACGAGUCUCCUGCGCUCAUAGAAGCCAAGCUCCCGACUUUCCUUUCCCUCAUAUUUGCACCGGCUCAAUUCGGCAUAGAUUUCACGACCGAGGGCAAACUCGCACGGCUUCUCGAUAGCCCAAGAACCGAAGCAAGACUAUCUUCGAACAGCAUCAUUAAGGGCGAUGUUUUGCGUGCUUAUACGGCCGCCUUCACCGCCCGCGGGCUAAGAGGACCAACCAACUACUACAGGACCACCACUCUCAGAUACGAAGAAGAGUCCACAGCAAAUCCUCCCUUGCAUAUUGCUCUCCCAAGCAAAUUCCCCACUUUAUUCAUCUACGGUGUAAUAGAUCCAACACUCGCUGAUGUUGCCCUCAAAAGUCAGCGAAAGCUCAUUCCACGUCUUGAGGAGACGCAAAUUCCUAACACUGGGCACUGGGUCUUGUUCGAGCAUUCGUCUUAUGCAGAAGAGCCGCCAGCCUUCCUCGAAGAAGGCACACCUGACGACCCACUUGCCGGAUGGCGGGAAAAAACAAGUGCAGGGGCAUGGAAGGAACACAAGGGCGAUGGCGGGCCAGUUGGCCGCACGGUUAUCCAGUUCCUCGCGAAUUUGGGAAUUGAUGGCAAAUCUGUGGCCCCGGCAAAACUGUAG